UCCUCCUCAAAUGUGUGCAAACCAAUCAGGAGCCGGCGUGCCGCGCGGAGGUCUUUCUGUCCUCACUCCCUCUGCCAGUACCAAAACGGUCCUCUUAUCAAAGAAACACACAACCUAAAAACUGCAUUCAAUCACCGCUUUUAACAUGGGAAGUGCUUGUUUUUACUGGGACGUUUGUUUGUUUUUCGUCCUCAUAAAUACUUGCGGUGCAAUGGCAAACGUGGCUCUCUCAGUCCCGGACACAGAUGAGUGCUCGGAGGCCACAGAUGACUGUCACAUUGACGCCAUUUGCCAGAACACACCCAAGUCCUUUAAGUGCAUCUGCAAACCUGGAUACAAAGGGGAUGGGAAACAGUGUGAAGAUAUGGAUGAGUGUGAGAACGACUACAACGGGGGCUGCGUCCACGAGUGCAUCAACAUCCCCGGGAACUACAGGUGCACAUGCUACGAUGGCUUCAUGCUCGCCCACGACGGACACAACUGCAUGGAUGUUGACGAGUGUGUGGACAACAAUGGCGGCUGCCAACAGGUGUGUGUGAACACCAUGGGCAGCUACGAGUGCCACUGCAAUGAUGGCUUCUUCCUGAGUGACAACCAACACACCUGCAUCCACCGCUCUGAGGACGGGAUGAACUGCAUGAAUAAGCAGCACGGCUGCGCCCACAUCUGCAGGGAGACCCCGAAGGGGGGCGUGUCCUGCGAGUGCCGCCCGGGGUUCGAGCUGGCCGGCAACCAGAGAGACUGCACAUUGACAUGUCACUAUGGAAACGGCGGCUGUCAGCACUCGUGUGAUGACACUGACUCUGGACCGGUGUGUGGCUGCCACCAGAAAUAUGCCCUACACUCUGACAGCAAGACCUGCAUCGAGAAAGAUGAGGCUGCAAUUGAGAGCUCUGAGUUCAAUGCCACGUCACUAGCUGAUGUGGACAAGCGGGUGAAACGGCGGCUACUUAUGGAAACCUGUGCAGUGAACAACGGUGGAUGUGACCGCACAUGCAAGGACACGGCCACCGGGGUGCGCUGCAGCUGCCCUGUGGGCUUCACACUUCAGCCCGACGGCAAGACGUGCAAAGACAUCGACGAAUGCCUGGAGAAUAACGGGGGCUGUGAUCACUUCUGCCGAAACACGGUGGGCAGUUUCGAGUGCAGCUGCCAGAAGGGACACAAACUCCUUACCAAUGAGCGCACCUGCCAGGACAUCGACGAGUGCUCCUUUGAAAGAACAUGUGACCACACCUGUAUCAACUACCCUGGCAGCUUUGAGUGUUUGUGUCACAAAGGCUACACUCUGUAUGGUCUCACACAUUGUGGAGAUAUUGACGAGUGCAGCAUCUACAACGGGAGCUGUGAGCAUGGCUGCAUCAACAUGCAGGGAGGCUAUGAGUGUGUGUGUCCAUCUGGGAAGAAACUCCACUGGAACAAGAAGGACUGUGUUGAGGCGGUGAAGUGUCUGCCCAAUGGGAAGCCGGUGCCGCGGGCCCAACUCAGCUGCACCAAGUCUGGAGGUACGGAGGCCUGCUCACUGUCUUGCCCCUCCAAUGCACUCUUCCUCGCAGACUCUGAAAACAGUUACACUUUGAGCUGUGGCGUACCUGUUCAGCCAGGAAAGACACCGCAGAAGAGGAAUACCACCGCAUCACUGCAGACCUGUACAGACGCUCUAUCUCCACCCAUCAAGCAGAAGGCCAGAUUCAAGAUUAAAGAUGCCAAGUGUCAUCUGAGGCCCCGGAACAAAGAGAAGCACAGGGACGCCUCUAAACAAGGCAUACAAGCGGGGCAGUUCCCGUGCACAGAUGAAUGCCAGGUCACGUUUGUUAACCUUAAAUGUGACUCGUCCAAGAAGAGGCGGCGCGGGCGCAAGUCUCCUUCCAAAGAGGUGUCCCACAUCACUGCCGAGUUUGAGAUGGAGAUGAAAGAGGAGGAGGCUUCAGACUUGUGUAACGUGGACUGCGUUCGGGACAAGACGAAGCAGCGGUUGCAGAAUGCCAUGCGCACCCUCCGCAAGUCGAUCAACAAGCAGCAGUUCUACAUCCAGUUCUCGGGCACCGUGUACGAGGUGGCACAGCGGGCAGCGCGCCAGUCGGAGGGCACUGAGUCCUGCAGCACCGGCCAGGUCCUCAUAGACGGGAAAUGUGUCAGCUGUGGUGUGGGGACAUUCUACAGUGGGGAGCAGGAACAGUGUGUCCAGUGUCCCCCAGGCACCUACCAGGACACGGAGGGGCAGCUGUCCUGCGAGCCCUGCCCCAGUACUGAGGGCCAGGGCAUCGCUGGGGCCAAGAACGUCUCUGAGUGUGGGGGCCAGUGUCCCCCGGGGCAUUUCUCCUCUGACGGGUUCCGGCCGUGCCAGCAGUGCACACUGGGCACCUUCCAGCCGGAGCCGGGCCGAGUGCUGUGCUUCCCCUGCGGAGGAGGCCUCAUGACCAAGCACAUCGCCAGCACCUCCUUCAAAGACUGCGAGGCCAAAGUUCACUGUGCACCUGGCCACCAUUAUAACUCCACGACCCACCGUUGCAUUCGCUGCACGGUGGGCACCUACCAGUCUGAAUUUGGUCAGAACUACUGCAUCACCUGUCCAGGAAACACCACCACAGACUUUGAUGGAGCCACCAACGUGUCACAUUGCAAAAAUCAGAUGUGUGGUGGGGAGCUUGGGGAGCUCAUGGGCUUCAUCGAGUCUCCCAACUACCCCGGCGACUACCCCUCCAACGUGGACUGCAUCUGGACCAUCAACCCGCCCAACAAGAGACGCAUCCUCAUCGUCGUGCCCGAGAUCUUCCUCCCCAUCGAGGACGAGUGUGGAGACGUGCUCGUCAUGAGGAAGAGCGCCUUGCCCACCUCCAUCACCACCUACGAGACGUGUCAGACGUACGAGCGGCCCAUCGCCUUCACCUCUCGCUCUCGCAAGCUGUGGAUCCAGUUCAAGUCCAACGAGGGCAACAGCGGCAAAGGCUUCCAAGUGCCCUACGUGACUUACGACGAGGACUAUCAGCAACUUAUUGAGGACAUUGUCCGUGACGGUCGACUGUACGCCUCAGAGAAUCAUCAGGAGAUUCUGAAAGAUAAGAAACUAAUCAAGGCACUGUUCGACGUGUUGGCUCACCCGCACAACUACUUCAAGUACACCGUUCAGGAGUCCAAAGAAAUGUUCCCACGUUCUUUCAUCAAGUUCCUCCGCUCCAAGGUCUCAAGGUUCCUCCGACCGUACAAAUAGGUCCCCAGAUCACUCAAGCGUCCUCGAACCGCCCCGCACAUCUGUCUCCAGUGUGCCCCUUUUCAUGCUCUCUACUGCCCCCUUAUGUUCUUGCUCGCUAGCUAUAGCUCCCACAAUUCCACGCGAUAAGAAAAGGAAGAAGACUGAACUCUCCUAGACCUUUAAAGUCCUUGUUUUGACUUUAAACUUUUUCUUAAUACUUUGUUCUUUUUUUUCAUAAAUUCUUCUUUGUCUUUUUUUGUUUGUUUGUUUGUUUUAUUUUAUUUUAUUUGUUUUUAAUUUUUUUUAAAUAUGUAUAUGCGCUAGAACUAGCAGAAGCCCACAUCAUGGAUGUUAUAAAUAUGUGUGAGUGUGUAUGUGUGUGUGUGAAUGUAUAUGUGUGUGUGUGUGUAUGUGUGUGUGUGCGUGUGUGUACGUGAAUAUGAAUGAACAUGUAACUGCAUAUCUAAGGUAUGCUAACACAUUCAUAUUCACAUACAGUAUAUACACAUAUCUUGCCAGCUAUUUUUGCUUUGAUUUUCCUAAGGCCCCUGACGUGCACAAGAGAUAGAGUUUGUAAAAUGUUUGGUGCACUUAUAAGCUUUUCAGCCAUUUUAAGAUGGGUAAAGUGAACCUUUUCUGAGACCCUAAUAACUAAUUCAGCUUGUGCUGUGCUCACAUUAUGAAAAGACAAAGAAAGUGAAAGACUAUAUAGUAGAUUUUGAACUAUAUAACAAGAUAAUAAAAAAAACUACCUGCAAGUAACGGAGGUUACGCCAGAAAAUGUAUGUUAUGUAACUAAUAUUUGGAACUUCAAUUGCACUUGAAUUUUAUAUUGUAAGCUGUAGAAAGAAAUUCUAAGUUUUUCCUUAUGUUUGUGUUGUAUAGAAAUGUUUCAUCUUGGUUUUGUUGGUUUAAAGAAAAAGAAAAAGAAGAGAAAAAAAAACUACCCAUAUUCUCAUGAAACUCAGUAUUGGAUUCCUUUGAAAGAAACAAACAAACAAAGAAGGAAGGAUGGAAAGAAAGAAAGAAAGAAAGGAAGAAAGAAAGAAAGAAAGAAAAGACAUAAGCUGUGCACAGUCAUUUAUUCCACACCUCUGAAUCGCUCACAGUUCUGAGAGUAGAACUUGCUUCUGUAAUGUUUGGUGAACCUUUUGUCUGAAAGGCAUUUGAAGGGCAGACAUGUCAUCGGCGGGAUAGUGCCAGUGUUGAAUUCCUACCCUUUUUCUGUACUCCAAGCUAGCCUGUUAGCUGCCAGAGAGAAAGAAAGACUUUGUCUCAGUUUUAAGUUUCUCAUAUGAUGGCACAAAGUGCAAGCUUCUUCCAUUUACCCCCUAAUACAGUUUGUCCAAACUAGAUGAAUACCCAGCCCAACUCCUUCACUUUGCACAGCCAAGAUGCUAAAGUAUGGUACUAAUAAGUAUGCAUUGUAUCCCUAAGCUAUUAGCUAUUUUGAGGGUCUUUUAUGUGCUUGUAAUGGACACAUUUUAGUUUUUUGUUUAAGAUAACGGUCACCUUGCCCAGAAUUGUGCAAUCCAGUAGACGCUCUGUGUAUCCUUUGCCUUUGUUUUUAAGGAGAGCAGAGUCACUAUAAGAGGGCCCAAGUUGUUGAGUUGUGAGUUGUUGAAUGGAGUACUUCUGGCUGUGACCUCAUUCCUAAGAGGGUUCCAGAAGGUUCCAGAGGUUUCCCUGAACUAGAAGUGAGACAGAUGUUCUGAGCUCUGAUUGAGGAGAGUUCACAGAUAGUCCCACAGUAACUGAACUCUGACCUAGCACUGAGUUACUUUGUGCUGGGCACAAAGACAGCUGUCAUGUCUUCACCAUUAUGUCCUUCAUUCGGUUAGACUUCAGAGUGUCAUAUCAUAUCAUGUCAACAAACCUUCUUGGUAUCCAUGUUGCUGAUCUCUGAUCAGCCAAACCUGUAAUUGUAAUAAAACCAAACUAUUGUGUGAUGGAAUAAAGGAUACAAGGAAUCAGGGCUGUGGUGGUUAGGAUGGAGUCAAGAAGUCGACUAACAAGUCAUGCUACAUACAAUACACAUAUCCUUAGAAUGUAUUUAAUGGGAUUUUUGAGUGUGAGUGGGUGCCUGUGUGUGAUUGCACACCUGUGUGUGUUUCUUGUAUGGUGUGUGUGAGAGAAAGAUAUUCAGAUUUAGUGUAUACGCACAUGUAUGCGUGUAAAUGUGGGCUAGUAUAGGAGUGGUUAAUUGAUGAUUUGAAGUUUUGCUUAAGUUGAUGUAUAUUGCCCAAAGAAAGACAGAGAGCGAGAGAGAGAUUAAAAUAAUAAUAAAAAAACAAAAACAUUUCAGAUAGAGAGAGAGAGAAAGGUAUACUAUUCGUAGAGAGAGAUGCUGUGAUAAGUGUCGUAGUCCUUGUUUGUUGUCCUGGUAGAUCUGUGAUAAUCCAGUUGCGAAUGAGAAAAAAAAAGCGGACAAACUCAAGCUGCAUUAGAGAAGGCACUCUGAGAGAUUUCCUGCAUAGUUUUCAUUUUCCUCCGGAGAGCAUUCUUUAAUGUUGUCUCAAUAUCCCUUUUAGCAUUCUUCACUUCCCCACAUAGUUGUUUGAGCGCAUGAAAAACUCCUCUCCCCCGGCAUCGUGUGAUUAAAAACACAGAGGUCGUGGCACUGCGGAACAAGAGUGUGUGUGUGUGUGUGUGUGUGUGUGUUUUUCGACAGUUCAUUUAGGAGGCAGAUAACACUAUCCCCCAGGGAGGGAGAGAAGUAUGCCUUGGCCUGACCGAGGAGCGCGAGCGGUCCCUUAAAAAUACAGAUGACACAUCCAUGAGCUAAGCUUGAAACAACUCCCCCAAACCCUGCUAACAAUAAAGGCAUCCUCUAGUGGUCUGUCCAUCUCUCUUGAGGUGUCUUUGGACAGGACAGGAGAGAGAGAGAGAGAGAGAGACAGAAAGGGGAGAGAAGAAAAGAACACGCUGAAAAGUGAUUCAGUGUCGCCUGGCAGCGGAGUGGUGAAAUAUCAUGGAAAGGCUGUCUCUUUUUUUCUUGCUUUCUUUUUUUCUGCUUUUCUUUCUUUCUUUUUUUUUGUUCAAAUAAGCACUUAUUAUUGCAAGUAUUUCUACAGCUAGCUCUGCCUCCACUAGUGUCUUGGUGGGGACUGUAUAAACUCCGCUCUGUCCAGUAUUCAGCCUGAGAGACAGAGAGAGAGAGAGAGAGAGAGAGAGAGAGUGAGAUAGAGAAUGAGAGAAAGAGUGAAACCCCCACCCCAAAACCAAAGAGUAGCGGGCUAAUAGCAGACAGGUGCCUCAUUAAUUCAAGAACCCCCUGCACUCGACCUACCUGGUUCUCGUGUCCCCCACCUGGUUAUGCCAAACUAGGCCAUGACCUCUUCAUGCAAAGACACAUGCAGUAGCUUUCUUAGUAUCUGAACUGUCGCUGUGUGGUUGUUUGUCUGUCUAUUUGUUUGUACUGACAUUUGUUUUGAUUUUGUUACUGUAUUCGUUUAGUGUCUUUGUGUUUUUGUCUAUUUGACUGUUUCUGUUUGGGGAAGAUUGACUGUCCAUAUCUCUUCGUGCCCUGACAGUGGAACAGGAUUGUAUGAGAUGUGUCAUUGAAAAGAAGCCUAAGCAUUCAAAAUAUUCCCCUUACACACACACACACACACACAGACACACACACACACGCACAUACAAACAUACCACAAACACACGCACUGAACAUACAUAAUCACCUGUGCUCUAACCUUUGAACAUAAGAAUGCACAUGUAACAAACAACUUAACAUAUAAUGCACACACAGUAUUCAUAAAUUAACCAUGAACACACACACACACAGAAGAGGACAGAGAGAGAAUGAGAAACAGAGAGAGAGAGAGAGAGAGAGAGAGAGAGAGAGAUGGAGUUGUGAUUGUUCCAACACUGUUACUGCCCUUCAAGAUGAGAGAAAAAAUGAAGGUUGCUGCUGGUAACUGUUUAAGCUUUAUCAUUACCAAUAUGUAAAUGAUGUAAAAAUGUUAGCGUCGUGUUUCUUUUUUUUGGAAUAUUAAAUUAAUAUUUACAUCGUUAGAGGGGGGAAAGAGUUGCAAAGGAAUGUGAGGAGUCUCAUUCCACUCACAAAACAUUCUUUUCAUUAUUCUGUCAUUCAGAAGCCUGAAAGAGUGAGAGAAAGAGAUGGAGAGAGAGAAAGAAAGAAAGAAAGAGAGAGAGAGGCCCACUGUAUAAAUGUGACUGUGUAUACUAAUGCUCUCCACACCAAUGCGUUUUAUGAUGUCCAUGUAGAGAAAAAAAAUGGUUAAAUGUCAGUUGGCCAUGUGGUGUGUGUGUAUGUGUGUGUCAACCCCUUUUUCCCAUUUCCCCCAGACAAGUGGCAGAGAGUGUCAAAAAAAGGAAAAAGAAACUAUUGUUAAGGUCUCACUUUAAUAAUAAAUCAUAUGAAAACUGGA